AUGCCGAGGCAGAGCCUCACAGCCCUCCUGCCGCUGGCCAGCGCCAUUUUGCACACGCAGACGCCGCCCCAGAGCUUCCACGCCUUGCCGCGGGACCACCUCUACCGCGCCUUCGACGGGCUCAUCGUGGAUGCCUCCCCUAGAGGACCGCUGCACGACGGCGACGCGUCGAACGAGAAGGCGAUGUGGCUGCUCGACGCCUUCGAGGCGUCGGGCAAGCCCGUGGCGUUAGCGGUCGAUGGCGUCUGCGACGAGGCCAUCGAGCACCAGACUUUGACUAGAAUUGGUGUGUGCGACCCGUACGAGCCGUUCGUUUCGUUGAGGGAACGACUCUGGCCUCGCACGAGAGAAGAAAGACGUAGGGCAGCCAGAGCCCGGGCGCCGGCCGUCGUCGGGCCCAUGGCCGCGGCGGCGCUGGGCCGGGCCGUGGUCGACGAUUACAUGCGAAAUGAUGCCUCUUAUGUGUCUGAUGCCCUUAGGGAGCAUUUGCACCGAGUUUUUGCGAGGGUCGGGAGGCGGUGCUGCGGCCUCGCAGCGGGCGCCGGCGACCAUGCGGCGUUGUUAGAUGUUUUAAGAGCAAGGCCCGUCGCGUUCCGGGAGGCGGCGCGCGACGAGCAGGGCGUGGAAGCUUCCUGCUUGAUCGCGACGGGCGGGGACCUGGUCUGGGACACGCAGGGCGGCAACGACGGCUUCGUGUCGUUGUCGGAGUUCGAGCAGCUGCGCGGCGAGGAUGCUGUGGAUGCGUUCCUCGAGACUGAGUUAAGUGCUCUGGUGCGCCAGGGCGUGCCUUUAUUAGCGUUCGACGGCGAGCACCGGCAACUGGAGAGGCGGGGCGUGGCCCACACGGCGGCCGUGUACCGGGCCCUCGGUGGAGACGCCGAGGAGGUCGGCUUCCUCGGCGACGACGCGUUGUUGUUGAGGUGCGCCGUCGACGAGCUGGUGCGGCGCGGCGCGCGCGCCGAGCGCAUCCUGGUGCUGUCGGCGAAGGACCGGCCCUGCCGCGCGGCCGAGUCCUACGGCAUGGCGACGGCGUUCCUCGGCGGCGGCGAGGGCGACUACGUCGGCCUCGACGAGGCCUGGGACCCGGCCCUGUAA